CGCAUAUUAGACAGUGUUGUGUGGUGUGUAGGGAAUCCAACGUCGAAGGCUGAGGAUUGUGGGAGAUCAUAGCCGUGGGUGAAUUGCGUAGUUUGAGCACUCCUCAGCUCCAACUUUGAGUCCGGAGAGACAUUUCUGCUUUUACCAGAUCCGGGAUUCCAUAUUUCUCUCCUCUGUUUCCUCCUCCAUCAAUCUCUUUCACAGUCCUCUCGAGAUGAAAAGAAAAGAGCCCACCCAUUCAGAAGAUCCAAUCUAUGGGGAGUCUUCCUCAUCGACCUCUCCACAAGUAGGUGAUUAUGAAGGCGGAACCAAAAGGCCAAAAGGAAAUUAUUGCGAAGUGUUCUUGAGCUUUAGAGGGGAAGACACUCGCAAAGGAUUCACCGAUCAUCUUUAUAAUAGCCUUGUCGAUGCAGGAAUUCAUGUGUUUAGAGAUGACAAUGAGCUCCCUGUUGGUGAGAAGAUUGGUCCGGAGCUUCUUUGCAGUAUUGCAAAUUCUAAGAUCUCGAUCCCGAUUAUUUCGGAGAACUAUGCUUCAAGCAAAUGGUGCCUCCGCGAGCUAGCUGAGAUGUUGAAGCGCAAGAAAAGUAAAGGGCAGAUAGUGUUGCCCAUAUUUUACAAAGUGGAACCCUCACAGGUGCAACAUCCGACAGGGAAAUGGAGAGAUGCUAUCGAUGCGCAUAAAAAGAAUAUGGAUGAAAUGGUUGUGAAGGAAUGGGAAGAAGCACUCCAAGAAGUCAGCUCAUUGAAAGGAUGGGAAUCGGAGAAAAUUGAUAACGGGCAUGAAGGAACAUUGGUUAAAUUUGUUGUCAGAAAAGUUUUGAACGAGUUAAAAAGACUUUUCCAGUUAAGUGUUCCUAAACAAUUGGUGGGAAUUGAUGAUCAUGUGGAACAAAUUACGAGUUUGAUAAAUGUUAACUUCAAUGGUACACGGAUUAUCGGAAUUUAUGGAAUGGGCGGCAUCGGUAAGACAACUCUUGCAAAGGUGUUAUACAACAAGCUCUCUAGUCAUUUUGACUGUCGUAGAUUCGUGGCAAAUAUUCGAGAAACAUCUAAGCACAAGGGUAUUGAAUACGUACAAAAGCAACUCAUUUCUAUUGCAAGAGAAAAUUUUGAUGAUGUGUUUAAUGUUGAUGAGGGAAUUGAUAAAAUCAAAUCUCUAUUUACAAACAAGAAUGUCCUCAUUCUUCUCGAUGACAUGGAUGAUGAUACUCACUUGAAUGCUUUGGUCGGAGACGGUACUUGGUUUACAGCAGGAAGUGUAAUCAUCAUCACAACCAGAAAUAAGAGUAUUCUUGACAAGGUUGGGGCAAGGCCCAUGUAUGAACUCAACGAGUUGCCUUUAGAUCUAUCGUUGAUUUUAUUUAGUAGACAUGCAUUUCGACAGGAUUAUCCUCCAAGUGAUUAUGAGGUUAUCUCUCGUGAGAUUGCAUCCAUUACUGGGGGGCUUCCCUUAGCUCUUGAAGUUAUAGGUUCAUUAUUGUGCGGAAAGAAAAAAGGAGCAUGGGAAGAUACAUCAAAGAAAUUGAGGAAAAUGCCUAAUAAGAAAGUGCAAGAGACAUUGAAGAUAAGUUACGAUGUAUUAGAUUUUGAUGAACGACGGAUAUUUUUGGAUAUUGCAUGUUUUUUUUAUUGGAUCAUCUCAACAAAGUCCGAUGUAUAUGUGGGAUGCUUGUGAUUUUUUCCCUGGGAUGGGGAUCGAAGUAUUAAGUCUUAGGUCCCUAAUUAAAAUUGACAAAGAUGGCACGCUAAUUAUGCAUGAUCAACUGAGAGAUCUUGGAAGGGAAAUUGUUCGUCUAGAAAAUUUAGAGGAGCC